AUGCCGUUGAAGACGCUCAUUCGGUCCUUACUGUUGACGUCCUUGAUGGGAAAGCGAUGGCUACUCCGGCCAUCUUUAGCAGCGCUUAACUUCAUCUGCCGGUCAAAGUCAGGCUUCUUCAACCCCGACAGAAAUUGGGCCCUUAACAAGAUACUCCGCUGGGUGAUAUACGAUCAAUUUGCCGCGGGUACAAAUGCGGCCGAAGUUGCUCGAAAGUCGCUAGAGUUGAAGCGCAUGGGUUUCCAGGGUAUCAUACUGGGCUUCGCAAAAGAGUUUGUGCUUGAGGACCCAUGUGACAGCAGUCACGCAAAACAUGAGCAGGGAUACUCGGCAGCACAAUACCAUGUCAUCGACAAGUGGAAAGAGGGAACAUUGGAGACUCUUCGAAUGAUCAGCGCAGGGGACUUCCUUGCUAUCAAACUUACAGGUGCUGGGCCCAUUGCGUUGGAUGCAAUGAGGGACAAGCAGCCGAUGCCAAAGCCCGUGGCAGAUGCAAUGAAGGAAAUAUACGAAGAGACAAUCAGGCAAGGGUCUCGCAUCUGGAUCGACGCGGAGCAACAAGCGCUGCAACACGGCCUGGACGAAUGGGUCAUUGAUCUUAUGCGGCAAUACAACCGGAAUGGAGAGGCGCUCAUCUACAACACCAUUCAGGCGUAUCUUAAAGGCUCCCAGGCAAAUGCGUGUCGGCAUCUCAAGCUGGCAGCCGAAGAAGGCUGGACUGCUGCGAUUAAACUCGUUCGCGGCGCGUACAUUGAGAAUGAAGUUCGUUCUCUGAUCCACAACACCAAGCCCGAGACAGACAGAUCAUACAACUCCAUUGUCAACAUGAUUCUCACGCAAAGGUGGCCUACUGGACAGGAGGCAGACAAAUUUCCUUCUGUGGCUCUCUUCCUGGCCACGCACAACACCGAGAGCGCGCAAAAGGCUUUGGCGACACAUCGGGGACGAGUCGCCGCCGGACUCCCUACUGCAAAACUGGAAUGCGGUCAGAUCCAAGGCAUGGCCGAUGAGCUAAGCUGCCUUUUGUUGGAGAACUACGAAAGCUGCGCGCGGGGCGGCGAGGGUCAAGGUGUAGCGCAGGCGCCCGGCGUCUUCAAGUGUUUGAGCUGGGGCUCGGUGUCGGAGUGCAUGGGCUAUCUUUAUCGCCGCGCUGUUGAGAACCGGGGAGCGGUCGAGCGCACUGAACAUAUGCUGAAAGCUUUGAAGCAGGAAUUACGUCGCAGGGUGUUUGGGUAG